AUAUGGCCGUCUUGGAAUUAACUAGCAAAUUCACAUAAAAUUUUUAAUUUUAAAAAAGUGAAUUUAAUUGGAAAAGAAAUUAAAUUAAUUUUUGAAUAUGCACUAGUACAAUGUGCGAUAUUCGAAAAUAACUACUUUUUGGUAAAAGCAUAAAAAUAAUUAUUUUAAAUGAAAAAAAUUGAAUUUAGCGGGUUAUAAAGCACCACCUGGAAAGAGACAUCGACAACAGAUGCAAUGGAUAUUUUUAGUUAUAAAUGUUUGGAAGCUUGUGAUAAGAUGGAGCUAAUAUUUUAGAGAUAGGAAAAGGUUAAUAUUUAAGCUAAUAUGGUUGAGCAGGGAAAUAAACAGGUUAGAGUAGACAACUGGGGAACCUUUUUCCUUCAGCGUCUUCAAGUGUUUUUCGCCAAAACAGACUACUGCGAUUUAACGUUGCAGUUUAAUGGAAAUGUCCAAUUGAAAGUUCACAGAUUGGUUAUGAAUGCCUGUACGGAAUAUUUUAGAUUUCUAGAAGAAACUUGUCCUGCAAUGGAAGAUAACACUAUAAUAAUGCCCCACGAUCUUCAAUCUGAUGUUAUAGUUCCGAUAGUAAAUUUUAUGUAUACAGGUAUGUUGGAAUUUCAUGUAUCUCUCUAUGAAAAACUAUUCAAAGCAGCGGAGAUAAUGAAUAUACACAUUUUAACUAAACUACUUGAGGCACAAAAAAUUCCACAAAAAUCUGUGAGGCCAAAAUCUGAUCCUCCUCAAAUUAGGAAGCAGCAACCAAUAAAAUCACCUAGAUUAUUGGAACUUCCUACUCCUUCAUGUUCAUCAAGUAGGAAGAUGUGGAAACGAAAACCAGUUCAACAAAUUGGAUCUCCUGUUCCUACAACACACCCUACUUCUCAGUUACAAUUUGAUCAGAAAUGGUCUAAUGUUGUAUCUGAUCCAUUAGCAGAUAAUACUCCCAAACCUACAAGAUUUGAGUGGCCUGAUGACGAGUUGCCGAAUAUGGGUUUAUUAGAUACUACUUUUGAGGAUAUUUCAUAUACUAGCAAGCCUUUACUAACCAAAGAAGAGGAGGAAAAAAUUAAACCAUCGUUCGACGAUCUUAGAAAUAAUGUUGAGCUUCCCAAAAAGAUGGUUACAAAACCCACAAGCAAUGAAGUUAAUUUAAAAGAAAUGGAAGAAUUUGCUAAAGAACAGAAAAUUCGAAAUGCCAUGUUCGAAGAAGGUGAGACAUUCUAUUUUUGCUUAUCUUUAUUUUUAAGAGUGUUAUUUAAUAAUUUUUUUUUAGUUGGAGAAUUUAAUGAUGUUGGACAAAAAAGAAAAAAUGAACCAAAUUCUCCUUUAAAAUUUGCAGCGAAAAAAAUUAAAACUAACAAUAAAGAAAAUAAAGAAACUACAAUAAGUGUAGAAACUGUAUCUACGACUGAUAUAGACCACACUAAAAUAGUUACAGAAAUAUUGAAAAAGUAUCCUGAUCUUGUGAAGAAAAAUAAAAACAUAAAAUUGAAAAUUAUGCCGGGAAAUAAAGAAACUAGUGAUAAUAAGAAGAUAACUGCUGUUGUUGAGCCUGCAAAAUUAUCACCACCAGCACAUAUGGAAGUAAAGAUACAGAAACAUCAAUAUCAAAAACAACCAGCAAAAAAACCCAAACUAAAACCAGUCGAAGAUGAAGAUGAGGGUCCUUGGGUAUGUAAAAAAUGCCUUGGUGUUAAUGGUGGAGUCCAUGAGUUCGUACUUUAUUAUCUCUAUCGCAAACAUAUGACUGAUGUUCAUGAUGAAGUCUUCGAUGCUCAAUUAUGUAAAUAUUGCGGACGUAGAUGUCGAACUCAUAAUUUGAUGGUGUAUCAUUUGUAUACAAAACAUACUUUAAAACCACCCUCUUCAUAUAACUUCCCUAAAUGUAACAAAUGCGCUUAUAUAGCCAUUUCACCUGCUAAACUUCUCAAACACAAGGAACUCCACGACGAAAAUGAAAUGCAAUGUCAAGAUUGUCAAUUGGCGUUUUUAUCGGCCCAAUACCUAGCCACGCACGUCAGAAUGACAGGUCAUUAUAGUAAACCCGGCAAAGUUUGUUACGAUUGUCAGUAUUGCAUGAAAAAACUCCAAUCUGGUAUUGCUCUUUUUACACACGUUCGGAAAUGUCACAUAACCGAAGCCAAAAGAGAUGGUAUAGUUUGUCUAGAUGAAGUAGAAAAUCUUGAAGAUUUAGAAGACGAUGAAGAUGAUGAUGAUGAAACUGGGGAAUAUAUUAUUCGUGAAAAUAUCAAUGAAAAUAUGAUACAGAAAGACAAGGUGAAAAUAAUAUCGAACGUCAAAGUUUCCCACAAUCAACAAAACGCACAUGAUGGUCAACAAACUCAGUUGGUACCAAUUGAAACUAGUUCUGAAGCGGAAGCUUUAAAUAACGUUGUGUCUGGUAUAGGUACUGGAUUGAAUUUAGUGGACAUUGUGGUUUUAGAUGAAAAUCAACAGUAUAUAUUGCAACAGGAUAGUCAAAACGAACAAGCAGAAUUUAUCAUUCCAGAUUUAGCACAUGGACAACCUUUCUCUGGACAGGUUAUCACCACACAGGAUAAUACCGUUAUCCAACAAAGUAUGAUUCAGAGUAGUACUGGGGAUAUUACUUCAACUGAUGAAUUGGUUAUGGUGUUGACUGAUCAUGAUUAUCCUGAUGGACAAGAAGGAGAGAAUCCAGAUAAUUCUAAUAUAGUUGUAUUGUACAGCCACCCUGUAGAUGGACAGGAAGGACAGUUUAUUACAUCUCAGGGUAACUUAUUGGUGAAUUCACAAACAGGAAUGUUGGAGCUUAGGAAUUCUUCUGCCAUUGCCUCAACAACAUCGAGUCAAAUGAUUGUAACGAAUUCUAUAGAUACACCAAUCGAGUCUAUUGAAAUGAUACAGAGAGAAAUUGAUAAUCAUACAGAACUUAAGCAAGAACCUUACUAUGAGGAAGAGAGAAAAUCAAAUACUCGGUGUGAAAUAUCUAAUCCACCACAAAGUAACGUGCAAAAUAUCGAUACUAUUUCUGUUACUGAAAUUGAACAGUUACAGACAACAGAUAAACCUGCAACAGAAGAAGAAUCCACAAUAGUGGAAACAGAAAUACCCUGUCAAGAGUCAAUUGAAGAAGCACAAGAACAACAUCAAGAAGUUUGUGAAGAAAAAGAUACUGGAGACCAAGACCAAGUAGAUAGUACUCUAGAGGUGAGUACUGAAGAAUCUAUGGAAGUCAGUGAUGUGGAACAUAAAACAGCAGAAACUGAAUAUCACGAAGAAAGUAUGGAACAUGAACAAACUACACUUCCUGAAAAUAAAACAAUUUCCGACACCCCACAAACAAUUGAAACAGCUCAGGAAAGCGAAGAACAAGAUAAUGGUUAUGAAGAAAACACUAAUGAUGAUGAAGAGGUCGAUGUUCCUCCUGAAAAGUCUCUUAGUGAUGACAACAAUGAAGAAAUUUUCAAUGAUACAUCUAUUUCAGAUGAACCUUUAAAAUCCGACGAGGAAAAAGAGCAGUCAGAAGUGGAGUCGCAUGAUCAAGGCGAACCAAUGGAAGUGGAUGGACAAAUAGAGAAGCUCGAACAUAUUGAAAUUGUCCACCAAGAUGAUAAUAUAGAAUCUCCUCAAAAAAUACAAGCUGCAGACAAAGAAGUACAGGAAUCUACAAAUGAAGAUCUUGUUUUAGAACCUGGAGGUGACCAAGAGGAAAGUGUAAGAAAUCCUGAAGAAAAUGGACUAGAUGUACAAGAUAAUACGUCAACAGUCGAAAUUGAAGACACUGAACAUACUGAAAUUGAAAUGGAAGAAUCAGAGAAAGAAACUCAAAAUACAGAAGAAAUCUCACAGACCACACAAGAAAAUGGAACGAUUGCAGAACAAUCCCAAAUUGAUGAUGACACAAAAACUAAAACUGAUGAAGAACGUACAAUACCUUCUUCUCCCAAACCAGUCCAGAGAAAGACAUCCACAGAUAUUAAUAAAACAAUUCUAGAUGAUUGGGAAGAUGAUACAGAUUCUCAACAAAGCGAAAAAGUUGCCGAAUGCGAAUCUUCAGAAUCGCAGGAUGUACAGGUUUCUAAUCAGGAAACUAUUCAGAGUGCUGUAGAUAACGUUAAUAAAUUAAUGGAUGAUUGGGAGGAGGAAGAUGAGGAAGAAAAAAAAGGUUAAUUUGAGGAAAACAUUAUUUUCGUCCUGUUAUAAGGCGAGUCGUCAUAGUAGCUUGGGAGGAUUUUUUAUUUAUAAUCUUUUAUAUGAAAGGUCGUAUUUCAUAUAUUUUUUGCUUCAAUUAUACAUCCACAUAUUUUUAUGCUUUUUUUUGUGAUUAUGUAAAAAUUUUACUUUUUUGAGUUGAUGUUUGAAAAAACAAAUAUGUAUUUUAUCAUGUAUACAUUACGCAUUUGUAUAGAAUAUACCUUUUCAUUAUUGUAUAUAGGAUUAUAUUAAAAUAAUAUGUAGUCCAAUUACUUUUUUUUGUAAUAUAAAUGGAUAAACCA